CUGAUUUGAACAUGCCAUAAUCUUUACUCUCCUAAUUGCAACCACUUGCGAAAAUUGUACUCACAUACUCAGCUAUAUUCUUGAUAGCUGUUUUCUGACGAACUCUAUUUGGGUUCGAGAGAAGCAGCACUUGCCGAACCCUUGGCCAUAUUGCACAGCUCCCAUCAUCUCAAUAUGCGGUCGGUCUUCAGCUUCUUGACCACGAUAGGCGCCAUCUCUGUGGGAGCUACCGCUUUGGAAGCUUCUGUUAUCACUUUUGGGUCAGUAACUCAAAAGCAGGGCCUGAAAUCUCCAGAUAUAUCAAGCGCCACUCUCCUACAGCUAUUGGAGCUUCGGACCAAAUCACCCACCACGUCAUCUUUGCAGAGCUCGGAUGAGGAAAAUCUUGAGUUCUUGAACAGAUUGGCAGGUCCGCCUACACGUUUGUUUGGUGCGCCCGCUGCGGAUGGAGGAUUAGAUACACUCCUAGUCGUGCUAGAAGGUCUGACUGACGAAAUUGGGAGGUCAAUUCAGGCUGAAUAUCAAGAUGAACUGCUAAUCACUGAAUUCGUCACGGGUUCUGCGGAAGAUACUUUUCUCGAUUACAUUCUGGAGGCCAGGCUUGAAGGCAUAGUCAGCCCGGAAAGCAAGCGCUGCUCACUCACCUCUGAUAGCAAUGAGGGUUUUGUCAUGUCAUGUCUUCCUGCCAACUUCAAUUUAACCCUUGGUAGUGGGUUUCUCGGUCAAAUCACUAGUGGCGAGUCUUGGAUCGAUAAUCGCAAAGAACUUGUGGUUAUGCAUAUCGCCUUCAAGGGCAGUACGGCUUACAUAAACGAUCUGAAAGCAUUCUUGUCUGGUUUGCGUUCACUGUCACUAAAUGGCAGGAGGGUGACUGCUGUCGCUCUGCCCGAUCUAAACGCAUCGCAGAAGCUGUCUCGUACGCGGCGGGCACCGGAACACACGGCGCUUGACACCACUUUUAGUUGGGAUAGGGACGAGCGGCUCAUGAUAGCUGAUCAACACGCACAAGCGUCGCUCUCCCUUGGCCCCGUUUGUUACGCGUCGAAUUCUUCUUGCAAUGAUGCGACAGACACUUGCUCGGGACAUGGUGCCUGCUACGAGAAAUCCGGUGGCUGCUAUGCUUGCCUUUGCCACGAUACAUAUGUUAAGACCGCAAGUGGAACGGAGCGGAAGAUACGAUGGGGGGGCUCUGCUUGCCAGAAAAGGGAUAUUAGCAGCCCGUUCUUUCUCAUCAUGGGGGUCACUGUAGCAGUACUGUUGGCGGUCAUUUCUGCUAUUGCGAUGAUAUUUGGUAUAGGGAACGAUGAAUUACCAGGCGUUAUCAGUGCUGGUGUGGGAACUGUUAGGGCACAGAAGUAGGGUCUCAAAACACAUACCGUCGGCGCUGAUGCUGGCAAUCAUG